AUGGAUGGAAAAGGGCUCAAAGGUUUGGUUUUUAACCAAAUUUUGGUUCCCAAAUCCAUGGAAAGCUCCCAAAAUUCCAAAUUCCAAAAAAAUUCCAGGUUUUCCCAAAAAAAUCUCGAUUUUCCCCACCAAAAAUUCAAAUUUUCACCCAAAAAUCUGAAUUUUCUCUCCCAAAAUGGAUGGAAAAGGGCUCAAAGGUUUGGUUUUUCCCCAAAUUUUGGUUCCCAAAUCCAUGGGAAGCUCCCAAAAUUCCAAGUUCCCAAAAAAUUCCAGGUUUUCCCCAAAAAAAUCCCAAUUUUCCCCACCAAAAAUUCAGAUUUUCACCCAAAAAUGGGGAUUUUUCCCCCAAAAUGGACGGAAAAGGGCACAAAAGUUUGGAUUUGGUUUCCCAAAUCCACUGGAAGAUCCCAAAAUUCCAAAAAUUCCCAGUUUCCCCCAAAAAAUUCCAAGUUUUCCCCAAAAAAAUCCCAAUUUUCACCACCAAAAAUUCAGAUUUUUGCCCAAAAAUCUGAAUUUUUCCCCAAAAAAUUGGAUGGAAAAGGGCUCAAAGUUUUGGUUUUUCCCCAAAUUUUGGUUCCCAAAUCCAUGGAAAGCUCCCAAAAUUCCAGAAAUUCCCAAAAAAUUCCAGGUUUUCCCAAAAAAAUCCCAACUUUCCCCCCAAAAUUCAAAUUUUUGCCCAAAAAUGGGGAUUUUUCCCCAAAAAAUGGAUGGAAAAGAGCUCAAAACUUUGGAUUUCCCCCAAAUCCGGGUUCCCAAAUCCAUGGGAAGAUCCCAAAAUUCCCAAAAUUCCCAAUUUCCCCCCAAAAAUUCCAAGUUUUUCCCCAAAAAAAUUCAAAUUUUCCCCCAAAAUUCCCAUUUUUUUUCCCCCUAAAAGGGGCUGGAAAAGGAAUCGGGGAUUUCUCCGGUGAGGAGCCCAAAUUUGGGGGAUUUUGGGACAAAUUCCUGGAAUUUUUGGUUGAAUUCCCAGAAUUUUUGGGUUGAAUUCCCGGGAUUUUGGCACCUCCAGAACCCAAAAAACCCAAUAAAAUUCCCCCAAAAAUUGAAUUUGUGGCCGAUUCCGAAGGGGAUUUUUUUUGGGAUUUGGGGUUUUUGGGAUUCCUGGGAUUUUGAGAUGAAUUCCCAGGAUUUUUUCCCAAAUUCUCAGAAUUUUUGGGUCAAAUUCCCGGGAUUUUGGCACCUCCAGAACCCAAAAAAAACCCAAUAAAAUUCCCCCAAAAAUGGAAUUUGUGGCCGAUUUUGACGGGGAUUUUUUUGGGAUUUGGGGUUUUUUGGGAUUCCCAGGAUAUUCCUCCAAAUUUCCAGAAUUUUUGGGUCGAAUUCCCAGGAUUUUGGGUCGAAUUCCUGGAAUUUUGGCACCUCCACAAC